AUGUGGACGCCUAUAGCUUUAAUGGCUGUGGUCAUCAUAAAUCUCUUCGACAGCUCGAAUGCAUCAUCAUAUUGCGAGUACCUUGGAUAUCGUCCACCAGAGCAGUAUCUUAGUGAGGAUGGAAAAGAGAAGAGCAUUUCAUUGUAUUGGGGCAGUGACCCAGCGCACGCUGCCUCGGCCCUGUUCAAAGUCGUGCUUCAUAGGGCUCUUGGAUACCAGAAUGUUCGACUGAUAAAAGGUCCACAUAGCCUCAAUGAGCUUGCUGCAAGCGUAUAUUUUGACAGUGCAGGACAAUAUGAAGAUGCAAUAUUAGGACUAUCGACGGGAUGGGAGCCUACCCUUGAACCAAUGAGGGAACUCAACCUAGCUGGAGCUACAAGCGGGUUGGGGGCUCCUCGCCUUCAAGACAUCACUGCAAACAUGUUGCCAGCACGUGUGCGACUCUACGUACACUGCCCUUCCAAAUUCAAAUCAAUAAAACAGUGCGAAAAGGUCAUACUAUGGAAUUUCUACACUGACGCUGAUGCGCUUAAGAAUUGCGGUUUCAUUAAUGAUUAUUCUGCUUCAAGGGACCAUAAAGCGGUGGUGUACAUCGUACAGGACUCGAGCAAUAGAACGACUGAGCGUGCAAAAAAGCUAGAGGCACGAUUUAAUGCACUUCUUCAAUUCAAAGAACUGGAUCGGAAGAGUCUUUUUCAAAAAUUGCAUUCUGCCAAUGAAUCGUUCUUAUUUAUUGAUUAUGACAUGUGGGAUCACAGAGCGGUGAUCAGUACAGUCCAAGAACUGCCUUGUUUAUCGUUUGAAGGACUCGCAUGUGUAACUGAAUUGGACACUGCGAUAGACAUGCGUGUUACCGACCAUUUUUUGCUACCGGAACACGCAACGCAAAUAUUUCAACUUGCUCACAUUUUUCAUCCUUCUCACGAAUCCUUAAUAUUUAUACUCGAGCACAAUGCAAAUGGUACAGAUAUUGAAGAAGCUGCCUGUGAAUGGAUUAGUAAUAAUAAUGAUACAGUUUAUAAUGAUUGGGUAGCCAAUUACGACGCGCAUAUAAAGCAUCAUGAACUAGCCGUUUUUUAUAGUACUUCAGACACUAAUAAAGAAACCUUUUCAAUACUUUUAAGCAAUUUACAAAAAGAAGUCUACCGCUUGACAGGAUCAAAUCUAAAUAUAACUUUGAGACACUAUUAUUCACUAGAUAACUUUAAUAAAAGUUUUGUUAAGAGUGAAAUACACUAUUACAUGAGACAUGGAAUCAGACAAAGAUUAAUUGGAGCUGUUGUAGGCGGUGAUGAUAAAAUGACUGAAGAGGCUACAGCUUUUGAUAAAAUGGGUCUUCCAGUAUUAUUUUAUGACGUGACUACCGUAGAUGUAGAUUCUAUGGAAUCCGUAUGGGUCACUUCUGGCCGCUCGGUUCACUUGGCACUUGCAAUGAAACACUUUGUUCGUAAAAACAAUUGGAUUCGUGUAGCUGUGUUAUCAGAUUCAUCUGAUGUAGCUAAAAAGUUUCUGGGAGAUUUGCUGACAUGUACUGCAGAUCUAAGAGAAGCAGAUAAAAUUGCACUUCAUGACCAUACAUUAGAACAAGUAACACCAACUGAGUCGAAAAAAGUUUUAAGUAAAUUACAAUAUGAAAAUGCCCACAUUAUUAUAGUGAAUACACAGUCUCAAGAUGCAGUCACCAUACUUACAACAGCAGCUGAACUUGAUAUGAAUAAUGAAAAAGAAUUUAUCUGGAUCGUACGCGAGUGGGUAGAGUAUGACAAAAUAUUAAACAUCAUAUUCUUUACGAUAUCAUUUUGCUGUCCGAAAAAAAAUGAACUGGGAAGCACUGGAAAGAACCUUAAAGCAGAAAUUAAUGACUUAUGGCCUCGGUCAGCUGUUGCACUUGUAGAUGCAGUGUUGACAAUGGCUAAGGGCUUUGAAGACGUUUUUUUGAAAUAUCCCCAGGCACGCGAAGACCCACACAGCGCAAAAUCUAUUAGACAAUUUGAACAAAGCUUAAUUGAGUUAAGCCCGAUUGAAGGUUUCGCUCAGGAACUGGUAUUCACGAAGCACUCUACUGAGAAAGCCGUUUUGUACUUAGCAGAAUGGCAGAGCGGCAAGCGCAACACCGUAUCACGGUGGCAUGUGAACGCAGCGACAAAAAAAGUUGAAUUUGAACAUGACUAUCGUGAACCAUAUUUUAAAACCAACCCCCCUCAUGAUGGUACUUCAAGAUGUUUGACGCCAACUGGUGACUUAUACUUACCGACUUGCAACGAUUUCUAUUGGAUUAUCGCGAUUAUUAUAAUUACUGUGGCACCCCUGUCGGUUGUACUUAUAAAUCGCGCAAUACAUCGGCGUCUGAAGAAGAUGCGCAUGAAUAUUCUAAGGGACCUACGGGCAGAGCGUGAUCACCGUGCCGCCAAGCUGUCCACUUAUUUAGUGGAUCGCAAGGCUUUAAAGCCACGACGUCAACUCGGAGCUGGCCGUUUUGGUUGUGUAAAGCUAGCAGAUUUGCUCAUCCCGGGCUCGAAGACACAGAUCGUUGCGGCCAAAGAACUGCGUGAUCAUCAAAAUGAAAGAGAAAUUCUUAGGGAGGCGUGCAUUCUAGCUUCUCUUAAACACGACAAUAUUAUUCGUCUGGUCGGCGUGUGUAUAGAUGACGGACCAACACUCGUGCUUAUGGAGGUAGCUUUCUUCGGUGAUUUGCUCCAUUAUCUUGAGAAUCGUCGUUACCUUGCAGAAGGUAAUAAGGUAACAUCUGAUUCAAUUCCAGAAUUGAAUAAGGACUACGAAGAGGCUGCUCAUGUAUCAGCCAAAGAACUUACUCGGCUAGCACGUGAGGCCUCAUCAGCGUUAGCUUAUCUGGCCUUGCAGGGCGUUAUACAUCGAGAUGUGCGUGCUUCAAACUGUCUGGUUGAUGCGAAACGUUCCCUAAAGCUGGCUGACUUUGGCUUAGCGCGAGAAACAAUAGUUACAGGCAUGGACGGCAAUGGAGAGUACGCUUGUCGACGACGCGGUUUAUUUCCUGUGCUCUGGAUGGCGCCCGAAAGUUUGAUGCACGGUGUAUUUUCUACAGCGUCUGAUGUAUAUUCGCUGGGUGUACUCUUUUAUGAGCUAGUAACUCUUGGCGCUCGUCCAUAUGGUAAUAUAUCGCCUCUACGUGUAAUGCGUUUUGUUACAUCAGGUGGUAAACCAUCGAUGCCACGGGACGCUACUCCACAAACAAUCGCUUUGGCGCAGUUGUGUUGGCAGCGUGAGCCAGAUAAACGUCCUACUGCAGCACGUGUAGUAGCUUAUUUGGCAGAGCACCCCUAUAGUCUAAACCCUGCGCUCGACUAUGAAGAUGAUGAUGCUGAUAGCGGUUACGGCGAAUCGUCUUCGACAGAAAUAUUAUUACCAGAAUGA